GUUAUAGAGAGUAAUCGAUUUCGACAUCCUCCGAUUGAUAUGUUUACAAAUGUUUGGAUGAUGUAUCCUUCCUCAGUGUAAUGGGAUAAAACAUUUGUGGCAAGCAUUAUCAAGUAUUGGUCUUGGUAUCCAGCCUCCCAACCAUCUCUGCUAAAGCAGAUCUGUUUGGUUUGAAGUUAGAGCAAAUGUGGGCAAUACUUUAUAUCUUUCCAGUGUACAUACAAUAAUCAUGAAUGUGGCAGAGAAACUCCAGUUAUCAAAAGCCUCAUUCGAACUAAAAGGAGUGAUUGUCAAGCUGGAGAAUAACUGGCUUACCAUUUCCAUAGUUUCACCAGCGGUUGAAGUGAAUUCUUUUGAGAUCGAAUUAGAGAAUGACGCUUUAUCAGAGGUGCUACAGUUGGGUUCAUGGGUAAUUCUAUAUAAUGCUGGACAAAACGUCUAUCAGAUUGCACGACAGUGCAAUGAAGUUUUGCCGACAUACGUUUACAAGGAUCUCGUUCUUCUUAAAACGAAUAUACGUUUUCAAGGAAAAAAACAAGAGGGAUAUGGUAGUUGGGUUUGGUCGCUAGAAUUAGGAAGAGUUGCAGCUGUCUGCCACGAAAGAUACAAACCGAAGCAAGAUUACGUAGCGUUAGUAGCGAGAAAACCAACAAAAUAUCGGCUUACUGUCGAGUACAACUGGAUGCUUACAAAAUAUAUUGAAGAACGUAGUCUCAACGUACAGCUUGAUGCCAUCUUUCAAAAGCAUAGGAUUUGCAAUAGUCGAGAAAAUCGUUUUAACAAGGAACAUGAAGUUCAUCGCAGUGACAGCGGAGAUUAUUGUUCUGAUAAUACUGAGGAUGACGAUCAUCUUUUUUACGAGAAUUUGGAAGAAAACAAGCACCGAAACUCCACUAGCAACAAUAUUUAUGCUGUUAUAACGAAAGUUGUGUCAAAUCCAAACAUCAGAGUAGCUAUGCAGAGAUAUCGACCCAAAGAAUUACUCAGUAUAUGUGAAGCUCUUAAUCUGAAGUUCAGUAUUAGUGAUCCAUCUUCAUAACACUGACGGACACUUGACAGUUCAACGGAACACGAAACAACAAACAGAAUAUUUUGCUUCCUCUGUUCUGUAAUUCUGUUUGUUUGAACAGUGCCGCAACUGUUGCGUCAGGGAUAGGAAUCUGAACGUUUUAUGUUAUUCACUUUCUUGAUCAUUCAAAUAGACCAUUUUAUCACAUUUAAAUAUUGUAGGAUGUAGAUUCGCGUUCAUUUGCUUAAAUGAUAGACAGGUGUUAGUAGUAAGUAUCAAGUGGUGAUAGAACAUUAAUCACCGCUUCCAAAGAUUUAUUGUUAACGGAAUGCUUGUGCUUUUAUCUUUUAUUUGUUUGUUUUUAUUUCUUUUCAUACGUAAUUUAUUAGGAAUUGUGCUUUUCAGAGUUUGGCAUAGAAGAUUUCAUUACUUUUUGUUUGAUUAACUUUCAUUAAAUUUAUUGUUUGCCUCUUCACUUUAUAUCCUUUGAAUUAAAGCUUUCAUAAAGUCCC